AUGCCCGAGAAGGUGGACAACGAAGACACUGAGCACGGUUCCAUCACCCAUGGGGAUAUCACCGUGCAAACCAUGAAGCCGUUUACAACUCUUUCCGCCCUCGGAAUUGGCUACGGAACCACCAACACAGCUAUCGGCCUGCUGCUGGUGUUCGGCAGUACCCUGCCCAUGGGUGGCUCGCCGCUCUUCUUCUGGGGGUUUCUCGUCAUGGCCUUUGUCGGCCUUGCGACCGCCGUCACCCUGGCGGAGCUGGCCUCCGCUAUGCCGCACCCGGGUGGGCAGUAUAUCUGGGUCCACCGGCUGGCGCCGCCGAAUUCUCGCCGGUUCUUGUCGUACAUCACGGCCGUCAUCAGCUGGCUUGCCGCCGUCGCCACGGGCUCGUCGGCAUGUCUCUGUCCCUGUUUUCAACUCCUCAACAUUGUCACCGUAUUCGGUGCGAGUUUCGAGAAUUUGUUGCCAAAGAUUUCCAAGAUCAUGUUGCUCUUCAGCUGCACUACCAUCGUCGUCAUUUUCAUAACUCUCUUCGCCAUGUCAGAAGAGCACGCCUCAGCAAAGGAUUUCUUUGUUACGACAGUGAACAUCUCGGGCUGGCAAAACGGCAUUGCCUUCAUCAUCGGGAUGAACGGCGCCAACUGGAGCUUCUCAUGUCUCGACGUUGCCACUCACCUGGCAGAGGAGAUGCCCCGGCCCAGCACAGAUAUCCCAAAAGCUCUGAUAUGGACCAUUGUGGUCGGCCUCGUCUCCGGGCUCCUAGUCGUGACAUCAGUUCUUAUCAAUGUCCCCGUCAUUGAUGGUGCCGACGACAACUCUGCCCUGGCCCUAUUCUACCGUAUUACAGAUAGCAAGGCUGCCGCAGUUGGUCUCUGGGUGCCCGUAAUGAUCACGACUAUCGGCGCAGUCUGGUCUAUUCAGACCUGGCAGUCUCGGCUCGCAUGGACUAUCAGUCGUGAGGCUGGCUUUCCCAUGCACCGCCAUUUAAGCAAAAUCGCGCCGGCCCCGCUACACACGCCUAUCUGGUCCCUAGUUUUCUCAGCAUCAGGGACUGCAAUCUUUGGGUGCCUCUACCUCGCAUCCGAUCUCGCUUUCAACUCGCUCAUAUCUACAGGAUUGCUACUUCAAUACAUCAGCUACAGUAUCCCCGUUGUCUUGGCUCUAUCCCAAGGCCGCUCAAAAGUCAAACACGGCCCUUUUUGGUAUCCCAAACUUGGCUUUGCGGCGAACAUCGUCAUGCUGGCAUGGUCGGCAGUUGCACUGAUCUUUUACUGUUUCCCUUACUACCUACCUGCUGUUGCAGAUGAAAUGAAUUAUGCUUCGGCUGUCCUUGCAGGCAUUGCGAUUAUUACGACAUCACUGUGGUUCUUUUACGCAAAGAAAAAUUAUGAGGUCAAGGAACACCUGGGCCAUUAG